AUGGAGGAAACUCAUCAUGCUAUUAUUUCCCUAGACCCUGAUAGUGCCCCUGGGCCUGAUGGGUAUAGCGGAAAGUUCUACCAAGUCACUUGGGAGAUUAUCAAGGAAGAUGUACACAAUAUGGUCACAGAUUUCUUCAGAGGGGCCAAACUCACAAAGUUUUAUACUCACACUUGUUUAAUAUUGCUCCCAAAGGUGGAAUCUCCAAACAAUUUCUCUCAGAUGAGACCAAUCAGUUUGAGCAACUUCUCAAACAAGAUCCUAUCCAAGAUUAUCUCCAACAGACUUACUAACAUCUUGCCUAAAAUGAUCUCUCAGAAUCAAACGGGUUUCAUCAAAGGUAGGCUGAUUACUGAUAAUGUUUUACUCACACAAGAGUUGGUGCAGGACAUCAAAAAGAACAACAAACAUAGGAACAUUGUAAUGAAGUUGGAUAUGGCCAAAGCAUAUGACAAGGUGUGCUGGCUAUUCCUCAAGACUGUUAUCAGGAAAAUGGGAUUCUCUGAGAUAUUUAUUGAUCUCAUACAUAGAAUCAUAGCUGAAGUUUGGUAUUCAGUUAUGAUCAAUGGCAUGAGGCAUGGUUUCUUUCACUCUACCAGAGGUCUUAAGCAGGGUGAUCCUCUAUCACCUGCUUUAUUUGUUUUGGCUGCUGAAACUCUGUUUAAGGCUCUGAACCAUCUUCACAACAAUGAGAGAUAUAUUGGUUACACCAUGCAUCAGAAGGGCCCUUUUAUUAAUCAUUUAUGCUAUGCGGAUGAUAUUGUUAUAUUCUCCUCAGGAAACAAAAGAACUAUUAAAAUGAUCACCAAGGUUUUGAAGCAAUAUGAAAAGGAGGCUGGUCAAGAGAUCAACAUUGAGAAAAGUGUCUUUUUGACUGCUUCUCACUCACCUGAAGAUAGGAGAAGGAUGAUUAGUAGGAUUACUGGGUACAAACACCAAUUCUUUCCUAUGAAGUAUCUAGGCUGUCCUAUAUUUCCUGGAAAGAAAAGACUGUCUUAUUUUGCUGAUAUUGCAAAGAGUGUCAUGAACAAAGCUCAAGGAUGGCAAGAUUUCUUCUGGGGACAGACUGAGAAUAAAAAGAGGUACCAUUGGAGUUCUUGGACAAAUAUGUGCUACCCUCAACAGGAGAGGGGUACAGGUUUCAAAAGCAUUGAGGAUAUAUGUAAAGUGUUUGCAGCUAAAAGAUGGUGGAGAAUAAGAGUUGAAGAUAAUUUAUGGUCUCAGUUUAUGAUGGCUAAGUACUGUCAAAGAAGUCAUGUAGUUGCCAGGAAAAUUCAAGGUUAUCACUCUUUUAUCUGGAAGGAAUUAUGGAGAAUCAAAGCUGAUGUAGAACCUCAUAUAAUAUGGAGGAUAAAUGAAGCUAAAAUAUCCUUUUGGUGGGAUAAUUGGACAGGCAUUGGUCCCCUAGCUCUGUAUCACCAUUCUGAAAAUAACCCUGGUACUCUCAUGGUGUCAGAUUGCUUAGAAGGAGACAACUGGGAUAUGGAUUACAUCUCAAAACUGCUGCCACCUGAAAUUUGUUACAUCAUUCAGAGGGUAGACAUUGGGCAGAGAAACAAGAAGGAUCAGGCCAUUUGGACUGCUAAUUCCUCUGGGAAAUUCACCUGUGUCAAUGCAUUUCAAAUUCUAAGGAAGAGAUUGUCGGAAGCUCCAAUAUGGAAGUGUAUAUGGAAUAAAGGAAUUCCUCUCAAAAUGGCCUUUAUCAGUUGGAGAAUUAUAAAGAGCAAGCUGCCUAUGUAUGAUAGAAUCAAGAAUUACGAUGAUAAUGUUGACCCUAUGUGCAUAUGUUGUGCUCAUCCUAAGGAGGAAACCAUCCAACAUGUCUUCAUUGAAGGGGAACUAGCCAUAAAAAUCUGGAAAUACUUUGGUGAUUCUCUGGGAAUCACUACACAAAAUCAGAGUAUUCAGGCUAGGUUUAUAACAUUGUGGAAUUUCAACACAAAAAACUCAAUGCUAAGAGUAGCAUACCAAUGCAUUCCUAUCUUUAUUUGCUGGGAAUUGUGGAAAGCCUGGAGCUCUUGGAAAUAUGGAAAUAGGAAGUACUCGGUGACCAAAAUCUACUAUGAGGUGGCUCAACAUGUAAGCAUGCCUAUUAUUUGGAGUAAACCUUCAGAAAAUAUCAUCAAGAUCAACACGGAUGGAAGUAGCAUGGCACAUAGCAACAAAGCAGGAAUUGGAGGAAUUGCCAGAGACUCUAGAGGAGACAUCAUCAUGGCCUUUUCAAAAACUUUACAAUUCUGUUCCAACAACAGUGCAGAAAUACAGGCUGCAAGUUUUGGAAAUUCCAAGACAAGCAAGAGGAGCAGUGAGAAUGGACAAGGCCCAAGUGGAAAACUUCAGAAUAAGGAAGGCAACAAGAAGAUGAAGGACAAACACAAGAGGAGACUAGCAAGAUGCAAGCAGGAAAAAAAGGAAGGAAGCAAACAUAAGCAAAGAAAGCCUCAAAGAUUUGAAAGAAAUUUUUUGGUGUUUCUGAUCCAGGGUGAAACCACCCUGAACCGAGGGCAUAUUAAGAAAGAGAAUGAACUGCUCUUGAAUGCCCAUAAAACAAUUGAAAUGCACAGACUUCAGAUUGAGGAAGAAAUACUGAUGCGCAUGUCCUAUGAGCUUAUGUCUGAUCAUGCUAAAGAAUGA